UCACCAUUCUUGCUAUCACACACAUAUUCACCUCUUUGCUCUCUUGCCCAAGCAGCAACUCAUUCUUUCUUUCCUCCUUUUCUAUUCAUCGUUUUCAUGGCGAACUUCUGCAAAUCUCUGGGUCUCUUUCUUGCGCUCGUUCUGAUAAUAGAUAGCUGUUUAAUUGGGACUACAGAAGCACGACCCUUGAAUAUCAAGAAAACGAAAGACUCUGCUAGCAGAGUGAUUGAAGAUUUCUUGGAUGGAUUAUCUCUCGGUGCAAUCAAGGAGUCUGGGCCAAGUCCUGGUGCGGGACACAAGUUCACCAACGCACAGACUCUUGGAGGAAUUAAGGACUCUGGUCCUAGCCCUGGUGAAGGUCACAACCAUGUUACUGGCACCCAUCAGGGAUUCCGAGAUCUGCUUUUCUCAAGUUCUAUAAUGGCAAGAGGGCUCGAGAUUCUUAGUUUUCUGUUUGUUCUUUUCCUUGUUCUGGUUGGUUCCACUACAGAAGCCCGACCUUUAAACAUCUUGGAACCCCAUCAUCGUCCAAGGAUGAUGGACAAAGGUUUCUUUGAUGGGUUGUCUAUUGGUGCAAUCAAGCAAUCAGGUCCCAGUCCAGGAGCGGGUAACAAAUACACAGAUUCACGGGGUUUUGGGGGAAUUAAGGAUGGUCCUAGCCCUGGACAGGGACAUUAAAUGGCUUUUCUGAGCAUGCAUUCUUUGUUCUUUGGCUACCUUUAAGCUUUUCUUAGGCACCUGGUAUUUCCUACACAAGUAUAAUGUUUCACAAGUAUAUUUUUCUGCAGAAGUAGCUAGGCAUAAUUUUAUUAGUCAUGUGUUGUAAUUUGGGAUGCAUAUAAAAACCAAGCUUGUGUGAACGACUCGAUGGCUCAAGUCACUCAGAGUUUGUCAAAGCUCAUUUGAGUAUAUAAAACGAGCAAUUUUUCAAUUUCA